AUGGCCAGCACAUUAAGCCCCAGCACUGUGACUGGGACCCUGGGUCCUCCUGAGAUGUCAGAGCGCAUCCAAAAUGCUGCUGACAUCUCUGUCAUUGUCAUCUAUUUCAUGGUGGUGAUGGCUGUCGGGCUAUGGGCAAUGCUGAAGACCAACCGGGGCACCGUUGGAGGUUUCUUCUUGGCUGGUGGAGAUAUAGCCUGGUGGCCGAUGGGGGCCUCUCUCUUCGCUAGUAACAUUGGCAGUGGCCACUUUGUGGGGCUGGCUGGGACAGGGGCAACUUCAGGAAUUGCCACUGCAGCAUUUGAAUGGAAUGCUUUGCUGUUGUUGCUGGUUCUAGCUUGGGUCUUUGUCCCUAUAUACAUUAAGGCAGACGUGAUGACUAUGCCAGAAUAUCUGAGGAAGAGGUUUGGUGGGAAGCGACUACAGAUAUAUCUCUCUGUCCUCUCCCUCUUCAUAUCUGUGGCUUUGAGAAUCUCAUCAGAUAUAUUUUCUGGAGCCAUAUUCAUCAAGCUGGCCUUGGGAUUGGACCUUUACCUGGCAAUCUUCAUCCUCUUGGCUGUCACCGCUAUUUACACAAUCACUGGGGGGUUGGCCUCAGUUAUCUACACAGACACCCUCCAGACCAUCGUCAUGCUGAUAGGUUCUUUUAUUCUCAUGGGGUAUGCAUUUACCGAAGUGGGAGGCUAUGAGAGUUUUACAGAAAAGUACAUGAACGCCAUCCCAACCAUAGUUGAGGGGGACAACCUGACAAUCAGCUCCAAGUGCUACACUCCUCAGGCUGACUCCUUCCACAUUUUCCGAAAUGCUGUCACAGGGGAUCUUCCUUGGCCAGGAACAAUAUUCGGAAUGACCAUAGUAGCUCUGUGGUACUGGUGCACAGAUCAGGUAAUUGUGCAGCGCUGCCUAUCAGGUAAGAACAUGUCUCAUGUGAAGGCCGCCUGCAUCAUGUGUGGGUACCUGAAACUGCUGCCCAUGUUCCUCAUGGUGAUGCCAGGAAUGAUCAGCCGCAUCUUAUACACAGAGAAAGUGGCCUGUGUUGUGCCUUCUGAAUGUGUGAAACACUGUGGUGUUGAAGUUGGCUGCAGUAACUAUGCCUACCCAAUGAUGGUGCUGGAACUGAUGCCUGAUGGACUGCGAGGUCUGAUGAUGUCAGUCAUGUUGGCCUCUCUCAUGAGCUCCCUGACCUCCAUCUUCCACAGUGCCAGCACCCUCUUUACCAUGGACCUCUACACCAAGAUUAGGAAACGGGCAUCAGAGAAAGAGCUUCUUAUAGCAGGACGGCUAUUUAUCAUUCUAUUAAUUGUCAUCAGCAUUUUGUGGGUCCCAUUAGUGCAGGUAUCUCAAAAUGGACAACUGUUCCAUUAUAUAGAAGCAAUUUCUAGCUACCUUGGGCCUCCUAUUGCAGCUGUCUUCCUGCUUGCCAUCUUCUGUAAAAGAGUUAAUGAACAAGGGGCCUUCUGGGGUCUAGUCACUGGACUUGUGAUUGGCCUCGUUCGCAUGAUUGCAGAAUUUGUCUAUGGAACAAAUAGUUGUUUGGCUACCAGUGAUUGUCCCAAGGUCAUCUGUGAAGUGCACUAUCUGUACUUUGCCAUCAUUCUCUUUUUUGUUUCUGUGCUGGUCAUCCUGGGAAUUUCCCUGCUAACAAAACCCAUUCCAGAUGUACAUCUGUAUCGCCUAUGCUGGGCUCUUCAGAACAGUACAGAGGAACGAAUUGAUUUAGAUCCAGAAGAGAUAAGACAUGAAGAAGCUGAUGGUGAUGUUGAUGAAUAUAAUCCUGAGGAACCCCGGGGAUGCCUCAGGAAAGCUUUUGACUUAUUCUGUGGUUUGCAGAAGACAGGCCACAAACUGAGCAAAGAGGAAGAAGAAGCCCAGAAAAAGAAGCUGAGAGACACAUCUGAGAAGCCUUUAUGGAGAACUAUAGUGAAUGUCAAUGCCAUUCUCCUCCUGGCAGUGGCUGUCUUUGUCCAUGGCUAUUUUGCCUGAACUCUGAGCCACUAAAUAUUUAUUAAGCAAAGGAUAAUUUUAUUGAUUUUUUUUUCACUUUUUGAGUUUGCUAUGUUUAAAAAGGGAGGUAAUUUCAAAAGGGAGAAAGAAAUUGGUAAUUUUAUCAUAUGAGAUGACUACAGACCUGAUUUUUAUCUUUUGUUAUUUCUUUGUGUCAAUAAAGAAACAGUCAACUUAGAAAGCCAGGGAGCUGACUCUAUAUGUGUGUGUAAACUAGGAGGAUUUGGUCUAAAAAGAUUUUUUAUAGUUCACCUAGUAGAUUACCCUACCUUAUUCUUGCUUUCUGUUUCCAGAGAUUAUCACUUAGAAAGAAUGCCUCUUCCAAUUCGGCCUCAUGUAGUGACCUCCUCGUCUAUAAAACAGUGACCUCCCAACCUCACUUUAUUGACCUCAAGGAAAAUAGAAAUAUUUCCUAAUGGUUGAGGGGAGGUGAGCCACAAAUGUCUGUUGUAAAUAUUUUUGUCAAUUUCCUGGAAAUCAUUAGCUUAUGUCUUAAAUAAUACUUUAAAUAUUUUUUUAAUAUAUUUGUGAAUUUACUGGAAACUAUCAAUAUUUUUGUGAAUUUACUGGAAAUUAUUAGCUUAUGUCUAAAAGCCAUCAUCCAAUAAAUGUUAGCAUAUUAAGUCGUUGAUCUGAUAAACUACUUUAUAAAAUUAAUUCACAUAUCAUAAAAUGCAUCUAUUUAAAGUUUACAAUUCAGUGGGACUCCAGGGUGCCUCAGUUGGUCAAGCGUUUGACUCUUGGCUACAGCUCAGGCCAUGCUUUCAGGGUUGUGGGGUCCAACUCCAACCUUAGCAUAGAGUCCACUUCUCUCCUUUCCACCCUCCCUCUCCCUCUGCCUCUCUCCAACUUGCAUCCUCUCUCUCUGUCUCUAAAAUAAGUAAAUAAGGGGAACCUGAAUGGCUUAGUUGGUUAAGUGUUGGACUCUUUGUUUCAGCUCAGACCAUGAUCUCAGGGUCAUGAGACCAAAUUCCACACUGGGCUUUGAGCUCAGCUCAGAGUCUGCUGGAGAGUCUCUGCCUCUCCCUCUCUCUCUGUUCCUUCCCCCACUCUCUCACUCUCUCUCAAAAAAAUAAAUAAAUUAUUUUACCUUCUUCAA